CUUCCCUCAGCACUAAGCCAAGCAUCCGAGUUGGCGUUUGUGAAGGAGCCCAGCGAUGUGAUCGCGGUGCGGGACCGUCCCCUCAUCAUGGACUGCCAGGUGGAAGGGGAGGGGCCUAUCUCUAUCACCUGGCGGCGUAACGGCGUUCCGGUGGUGACGAGCGUGCGUAUCGAGGUGCUGCCCACGGGCGCCCUGCUCAUACGCAGCUUCCAGAAGCGCCGGCCGGACUCCAACGAGACAGACACCGGGGAGUACGAGUGCGCAGCGCAGAACCGCUACGGCAUGCUGAUCAGCCGCAAGGCCCGCGUACAACUGGCCUCGCUGCCCAAGUUUCACACGCACCCAGAAUCGAUGGCGGUGGAUGAGGGGGGCGUGGCGCGACUCCACUGCGCCGUUAACGGGAUCCCCGAGGCCAGCAUCACCUGGGAGAGGAACCGGACCACCCUCAACACCGACAACGACAGGUACACACUGCUCCCCACGGGCAUCCUGCAGAUCACUGGCGUCCAGAAGGCAGACACGGGCGUGUACCGCUGCAUGGCCGUCAACAUGGCCAACACACGCUACAGCCACGAGGCCCAGCUCACCGUCACCGCUGCGGGCUCUCGUAGCUAUAAGGACCCGGUGAUCCUGUCGGGUCCCCAGAACCUCACCAUCAACGUGCACCAGACAGCCAUCUUGGAAUGCAUCGCCACGGGCAACCCCCGGCCCAUCGUGUCCUGGAGCAGACUGGACGGGCGCUCCAUCGGUGUGGAGGGUAUCCAGGUGCUGGGCACGGGUAAUCUGAUGAUCUCGGACGUCUCGCUGCAGCACUCGGGCGUCUACGUCUGCUCCGCCAACCGGCCCGGCAGCAGGAUGAGGCGCACGGCGCUCGGCAGACUGGUGGUGCAAGCUCCCCCAGAGUUCCUGCAGUGGCCGCAGUCUGUGUCUCGGCCACUGGGGGGCAGUGCCGUGUUCUCCUGCUCAGCCCAAGGGGUGCCAGAGCCCCACCUGAUCUGGCUGAAGAACGGCAAGAUCCUCACUCCAGGAGACAAUGUCAAGCUCACCAACAACAACAGCACCCUGGCGGUGACGCGCAUCACCCCGGAGGACGAGGCCAUCUACCAGUGCAUCGCGGAGAACAGUGCUGGCACCAACCAGGCCAGCGCGCGGCUAGCGGUCUCCGUCUCCAACGAGCUGCCGCAGGCGCCGCAGAACCUGACGGCCACGCCCCUCUCCUCCACCAGCCUGCAGGUCGCCUGGCAACAGCCCACACCUGAGGUCACCGACGGCAUCAUAGGAUACGUGCUGCACAUCCGCAUGCUCGGAGAGCCAGACAGUAUGGAGCUCCAGGAGGCCGUGAGUAAGACGACCUUCAAGCAUGAGUUUGAGAACCUGGAUCCAGCCACCACCUACUCCAUCUACCUGAAGGCCUACUCUCCUCUGGGGGCCAGCCAGCAGUCCAGCACCAUCAUCGCCACUACACUAGGGGGCGUUCCCAUGAUGCCGAGCUUCUUCACCAAGGUGCUGAACAAGACAGCCAUGCAGGUGUUCUGGGAGCUGCCCAGUAAGGCGGGCAAGGUGCAGGGCUUCAAGCUCUCCCAUCGCAUGGUGCCCCAGGAGGAGUUCAGGGACCAGGAGCUGUUCCCCAGCCACAUCAACACACACACCAUCUCACACCUCGAACCGGCGGCGGUGUAUGAGAUCCAGCUGGUGGCCUUUAAUGGUAACGGGGACAGCAUGGGCAACAAACGGCUGGUGUCACUGGCUGAGACGGGCAUCAGUGCCAAGGCAGACAAUAACAACAACAAUGGAGGGCAGAGCGUGUGUAACUGCGCGCAGGAUGGCGAUGCCUCCAUGACGGGCAUCGUGGUGGGCAUCCACAUUGGCAUGGCCUGCAUCAUCUUCUGUGUCCUCUUCCUCAUGUUUGGAUACAGACGCAGCUUCUUCUGCCGGAAGGGGACCCAGGACGGCUGGGCGCUGCCCCAGGCAGGAGGAGGUGUUGGUGGGCAGGUGGCGCUGAGAGAGGUGCUUCCUAAGCAGCAGGCCACCAUGCGCCCACCGGAGGCUAUGGAGUUAGUGCCACAGAGACAAGUCUCCAGCACGGUCAGGCCGGAGGAUGCUGCUCAGCAGCCCAGGAUGGCACAAUGCCAGGUCCUGAUAGAGCAGCAGCCGGGCACCCAGGCGGGCACCCAGGCGGGCACCCAGGCAGCUGGCACCCAGGCGACAGGCACCCAGGCAGCUGGCACAGGCACUGGUUAG